AGUUAACUAGCAAGGAUGAAAUAUUUGGUAAUAUUUUUUGUUGGUUUCGCUGUAGUAAGCCAAUUUGUUUGGGGUCUUAAAGAUUCAAAUUUUGAUGAUGGAGAUUGUGAUGGAAAUGGUAUGGUUAUUUAUGAGGAGGUUUUAAAAGUUAAAUAUGCGUUUAUGAAACACACAACAAGAACCAGAAAUGUAUGCACUCCUGAUUUAAAUUCUAAAAUAAAAUGCGUUCAAGUCAAGGACUUACGACACGAUGGCUUAAACGGAGAUGCCGAAAUUACUGAAGGAGGACCUGGACACGAUUUAACCAAUAUGAAAUAUUUGGUAAUAAUUUUGGUUGGUUUGGCGGUAGCUGUUUGGGGUCUUAAAGAUUCAAAUAUCGAUGCUGGAGUUUGCGAUGGAGAAGGCCACAUAGCCUAUGAAGAAACUAUGGAAAUCCCUUGGGCAUUUGCUGACUACAUGGAAGAAACCAGAGAUAUAUGCACGCCUUCUAACAAUACUACAAUAAAAUGCGUUGAAAUCAAGGACUUAAGGAAUGAUGGAACCAACGGAAAGGCCAAAAUAACUGAAGGGGGACCAGGACACAAAUGCGUUACCAUCAAAUUUAAGUCUCAAUUUAAUAGAGGCAUGGAAUUUAAUAUAACUGUUUGGAGCAAUAACAAUACAUUAAUAUUAUAAUAAAUAUACAGAAACAUAA